AAAAAUAAAUAAAUAAAUAAAAUGAAAGAGCUUAUCACAAGGCGUUAGUCAUUGAGAGAAAGAGAAAAGACGUUUCAAGUGUACGCCUAGUACCCGUAUGAAUGGAAGGGGAAAUUAUCAAGGACAAGGAGGCACGAUACUAAAGGAGAGUGAGAGGGAAGUUGUAGGAAAAUGCAGUGGUAGGGAAGAGUAUAUAGAACGAAAAAAGGUAAAGAGAGAGAAAGAGAGAUCGAUAGGCUAAACAUACGUGCCGUCAACAAGGCUCGUCAGUUUAAAACAAGACGUUCGAGAAGACUUUACAUUCGUACGUUGUUCAGUAAUCGUAACUUAGCAAUAUUACUAUUGUUAUCGUUAUUCAAGAAAAAUAUUAACAAAUACGAUCUCUCAAAGAAAACAAUAAUUACUGAAAGAUCUAAGAAAGAUCUAAAAAAGAUCUAAGCUUGUCUCCUCGGCUAAUGUAAUAAGAAAAACACGUAAAAUAGUAGACAAAUUUUUAAAAGAACAAGAGGAAAAAACAGAAGGAGGAGAAGGACAAGAAUUUUUAGAGCACAGAGAAAUAAUAUAUCCUUGAGUUUGAAUAUCUGCAAGAAACAUGCCAUUGAGUUAACUAUGCUAAUUGUUACGAGCUAAUUGUGAUACUAGAGUAGAAAGAAGUAGUAACUCAAAUGCUUGCGAAACUCAUUUGAGAAUAUAUCAUAUAUAAACACAUAGAAUAACAAGAAAGCUAUAAAUAUUCGACAGAGAAAUAAAUUACUAUGGAUCUCGUCUAUAUUCCUGAGGUAUUAACUUAUGGAUCAUUCAGGAGCCCAUUAUAUCAUGAUUUCGAGCAACCUUGGAACAAGAAUUAUUUUGGACAUGACCGAUCGACUAGAUGCCAGCGUCUUCAAAAUACACAACAACAUCAUCAACAUCAACAACAACAACAACAACAACAACAAAUAAUACCCCAAGAAUAUCAUCACCAAGAAGGAAAAAAGACAUCAAAAAAUUGUCAUCUAUGUCGAGAAAAUAGACGACGAAGUCUCGCACUUUACAUAAGAGAAAAAUCCAGAAAAAGUUUUUGUCAUGAAAUUCAUGAGGAAAUUGAAGAGAUCGAUGAUGAGGAAAAUCAAAUCGUAAAUAACGAGAUAAACAAAUCGAUCGAUAAAGCCCAUGACAUUAAUGUAUCGUCCGUUAAUAACGAUCAGAGAUUGUUCAAAGCGGAAGAAAAGUUUGCAAAUAAAUGCAUGACGCAAAAGUGAAAUGUCCCGAAGAUUACUCGUGCCGUCCAUUACUCGUACGUUCAGAUUUUUUCAUCCUAAAUUCUAAGACUUUAAUUAAAAAAGGAAGAAGAAGAAAAAGAAGAAGAAGGAGAAGAGAUAAAGAAAACGUAUUGUA